CAGGGCAUAGAAAUCUGCUGUCCAUAUUGUGCGAGUCGUGCUUUUUACUUCUUUUUUUUUCUUUUGAAAGCAGUCUUCCACUUCUGUCACCAAGUACUUUUGUGUUUUUAAGAAACCAAAACAGAAGAUUUAGUUGAAAAACUUCUACACUGGUGGGAAGUUCUCCAUCUUUAAGGUCUUUAAGGAAUUCUAAUGGCCGUAAUUUUUUUUUUUGCACAAAUGUUUCUUUACAAACGUUCAGAUUGCAACAAUAGUGUUUAUUGACAUCAGCCUUUUAAGCCUUGUCCCAGAUUUUUGAUUGGACUGAGGCCUGGACUUUGAUUGAGCCAUUUAAGCACAUGAUUAAAAAUAUCAACCUUUAGAAGCUGGUAGAAUAAUUCCUUCAAGACUUGCUUCUGGAACCGCAGCGAAAGAUGGUUCUAAAAAGGGUCCAUUUAAGCGCACCGAAUACCAAUGCAUGCCACACAUUUCAAAUGUAUGCGUGUUAGAAAAAUUCAAACAAUCCUUCAAUUCUUUUCUUUUCAUUACAACAUUAUGUACCAUUUUGUGUUGGCUUGACACAACAAAUCCCGAUUUAAAAAAAUAUAUAUAGUGAAAUGUGAGACGCUAAAAUAAAAACAUGUGAAAUGGGUGUUUAAGGACUGUGUUUUGUUGUGUGUUUUUUUUAGCUUAAUUUCCAUCUAAAUGCAAAACUGAUCUGAACUUCAUGGAGGAAUGUUAAAUGUUACACAUGCUACAUUACCCCAUCUACAUUUAGCAAACCACAAAGAGACGUUCCCCAGAGCGAGGUGCUGUGACGAGAUAAUCCUGUCUUCACUGUCUAUGCAGAAGAGAAGGUCAAAGGAGUUCACAGAGCCUUGAUAUAUUUUACAUGAUUGGAUCAAAAUGAAAUCUAAAUCCAGAUUUUAGUUCACUGAUUGAAAUACCCGGCAAGCCUGCGAGGAGAAGCGGGGAUGGAUGGAUGGAUGGAUGGGUGGAUGGAUGGAUGGAACGAACACCAGUCAAAAUCAAACCCAACAUGUUCAGUUGAUGAAACCCAACAUUCUAGAGAACUACAAACGACAAAAAGUCAUGAUUUGGAGUUUUACAGUUGUGUGAAAUGUAGUAAUUUAAGAUAUUUCGUGCCGUAUCUUUAAGCGGAAAGUUAAAAUUCACGUGACUGCAACUAGCAAUCAUGCGGCUGCUAGUUGCAGUCACCUAGAAAUCCCUACACAAUUCCACUUGAUUCUCAUCUCCAUCUGGGUUUUCUCCCAUUAAAGUGGAUUCCUAUAGUAGAAUUUCAGCCAGACCAAUCAGAAAAUUGGUCAUCGUUCACAAGGAGAAGUUGUGAACGAUGACGCCGUUUUUCUGCACUGUUUUAGUAUUGUAGUCUGCCGUAGUUUUAGCAGUGGUAGUGGAGGAAGUAAUCGAAGCCGGUCAGUCCGUGUUGGCCAUGCUUUCAAAUAUUGAUAACAACAAGAGCCAUUUUGUUUGACUUGGGCCUUUUAUUUUCACAGUCGAGGAUGAUUGUUUACAUCUUAAACUUUAUACUGUCAAGCUGGAUUAUUACAUACGUCAAUGUUAGCAAUUGAGUAAAGUUUCAAACUUCAACAGAGGAAGCAAACGUUUCCCAAUGACCAACCGUCCAGACCCUUUGUAGAAAGCAAAGUGUAGAACAAGGGGCUGGUUUUUACCGAGCUACAUUGCAGCUAUUCUGAUUCUGAAUCUCAUUCACAUUUUGCUUUUGUUUAGGUUCCUAAACUCUUUGGUGGCUCUUCAGAUGCACCUCAUCAGCCACGGAGACCUAAAGUCUGGGGGUACAGCGCAGUCUGUCAUCCCACCACGGCCCGUUCACAGCAAUGACAGGCGCCGUGGGAAGUAGAUCCAACAGGUGCGUAGCCUCCAUCCGGGUAGAAACGGCCUCCACCUUUAGGCUUUGUUUGACUGACAGUAUGUUGUUUUUAGUUGUUAUAAACCCUUCUACUGAAGCUGUGGCUGUACUGUGUAUUGUACUGUGAGAAUAUAGAGGGCUUGUUAAUAUGGCUUGGCCGGGUGAGUCAGCCCCAGCUCAGGGGUAUUUACAGCAAGAGGAUCUUCAGAAAGGCCAAGGCCACCCUAAAUUGUCCUGCAUGUAGGCAGGCAGAGAUCUACGUCAGUUACUCAGCUGAAACGGAUUCACAAUGUUAACACAGAAAGUUCAGCAUAACUGGGCCUAAAAUGUUCUAUACUCACAAGGCUCUGAUUGCUUACGUCUUCUGUCUCGGGGUUUUGUAUGGGUGUGCCAACCGAGUAUUCAUUGACUUUGCUAAUGGAGUAUUUCCCCAACCACAUCGAUUAUGUGUCAGUGGGUAAAUGGAUGAUCAACUGGGAGCUUUGCCAUUUGCCUACAUAUGGAAGUGACAUAAACACACGUCACUCUGAAAAUAGGUUGUCAGAAUGACACUGAUUUAAAUCUAAUCCUGUAAUCUGAUGACAGCAAUCCGUCUCAGAUCGCUAAACUGAACUCACCUUCCCAGCAGGUAAUCCUCCCGGAGAGACAGGUUACUUUGGAUGAGCCACUCUGUCGAACAGUAAUUUGGCAAAUUUGAGUGGAUUGUGUCUAACUAAGCGAUAACUCGGUGCUCUAUCUUUCCAUUUGACUGUGUGACAUGCGGUAUGUUUCCCUGCAUGUUGCUAUGAGAUUCUCUAUGUUUCCUAAAACAUAAUCAGGGAUCCCAAAGAUAAGUGAUCUUUGAUCUUUAGUUCUUUGUGGUAUCCGAUGCACAGAUUAUUUUCUGCUGACUCCAAUGUCAGUACAUUGUCCUCUGAAGACAUUUUAAUUUUUGUACUUGUACUUAUGAAGUAGUGUAACCACUCUUUUGUAGGACUUUUCUCUGCAACUUGAACUUCACAGUUGCAAAGCACACAUACUUCUGCAUCAAAAAUAUCUUCAAGAUGUUCUUUCAACUCUUUCGUGGUAUUAUUCUGUUUUCAGCAAAUGUCAGGAUAAGUGUGUAAUGUGUUUAUGCAUUAAUCUGUAACAUACAAUGUGGAUGAAAUAUUUAUGCACCCUUACCAUGGGAAUGUACUGUAUGUCCUAUUAGUUUUGAGUUUUUAAUGAUAAAUUUGGGCCAUUCAUUUUCAAGUGUAUGAGUUACUUAAGAGCAUAUGUUUCAUCGAAAAAAAAAAAAAAAAAAACAUAAUAAAUUCAAACUGCUGUUUUUUUUUAUUCUGUCAAAUGGUUUCUUAUACAACCACUUGACCUCAACAAAAGAAAAACUCAAACAAAUCCUCAAAGGUCCCAAAACAAAAAGUGACAUUCAUGCAGAUGCUUGAGUGUACUUUAAUUUUAUAAUCGUUCCUCAAUAGAACAUUAUUAUUAUUGUUGUAUUUUAUCUAUACAUAUAAAAUAUUUAAUGUUAAUCCUUUGACAGGUACAGCAUUGUGUCAGACAUCAUACCGGAGGAAGAGCUACAGAAGAUUUCUAGCCUUGCGCUCUACAACGGUCACGGUUCUGCCAAGGUGAAAGAGCAGAGCGACGCAGAAAGAGAGGGCAGCAGAAGGAGGCCCGGAGCCUCCAGUGUCGUGUCCGGCUCCAGCAGACAAAGAGGCAUGAACAACUACAACGGGAAGGUCCUGACCAGGGGCUCCAGCCAAGUCCGGAGCCGUUUUGUGAAGAAGAAUGGGCAAUGCAAUGUGGUGUUCACUAACAUGGAAGACAGGAGUCAGCGCUACCUCGCCGACAUCUUCACCACCUGCGUGGACAUCCGCUGGAGAUACCUACUGCUUAUAUUCUGCACCAGCUUCCUGAUCUCAUGGCUGAUCUUUGGUGUAAUCUUUUACAGUGUUGCCCUUGCACACGGGGACUUUGAUGAGCCCACUAAUCAGAAAUCUAAUGUGCUGGUGGCAGGAAUGUAUGGAGCCUCCUCUGGGCACACAGUCGGUGGGCAGACACAAAGGAUGCCCUGCAUACUGCAUGUUCAGGGCUUUGUUGGGGCGCUCCUCUUCUCCAUGGAGACCCAGACUACUAUUGGCUACGGCUGGCGCUGUGUUACAGAGGAGUGUCCUCUGGCUGUGUUGACAGUGGUUAUACAAUCUAUUGUUGGUUGCAUCAUUGACUCCUUCAUGAUUGGCACCAUCAUGGCGAAGAUGGCACGGCCAAAGAAGAGAAACCAGACACUGAUGUUCUCCAAAAACGCCGUCAUUGCUCUUCGCGAUGGCAAAUUGUGCCUGAUGUGGCGAGUGGGCAACCUGCGGAGGAGCCACAUCGUGGAAGCUCACGUCCGUGCGCAGCUCAUACGAUCGUAUGUCACAGCUGAGGGUGAGUUCAUCCCUUUGGAACAGAUGGACCUCAAUGUGGGCUAUGACGAAGGCACGGACAGGCUGUUUUUAGUGUCUCCGCUGGUCAUAGUCCAUGAGAUAGACAAGGAUAGCCCCUUGUACACCUUGAGCCGAGCUGAUCUGGAAGCAGACGACUUUGAGAUUGUUGUGAUCUUGGAGGGGAUGGUGGAGGCCACAGCCAUGACCACGCAGUUCCGUAGUUCUUACCUCGCGAGAGAAAUCAUCUGGGGUCACAGGUUUGAGCCAGUGAUCUAUGAGGACCGGGACCGCUACAAGGUAGACUACGCGCGAUUCCACAAUACCUACGAGGUCACGUCAACGCCCCAUCUCAGCGCAAAAGAGCUCGAUGAAGCAGCAAGCCGAGCAUCCUCCACUGCAUCUCCUGCAUCAGCACAUAGGUCUACGCUAGACUUGAUCCCGCGGUCUCUGACCGCCUUCUGCUAUGAGAACGAGGUCACACUGAGCUGUGCGGAGGAGGAAGAGGAAGACAUAUUUGACUCCACACAGAUGGUAGGGAAGGACAGGGCAGAAGAGAGGAGGACUUCUGUUGACUUUCAAAGUAUGUUUCACGACACAGCAACCAUAACCUCAGGCAGUCACAAUGUCAUGUGUGUUCUGGACAUGGACAAUAACCAGAUGGAGUUUGACAUCCUACAGACUGCGAUUCCCCUUGAUCCAGUCAGCUAUAAGAGUGAGCAAGAGGCCUAAAGAGUGGGAGCUUGGGUCGUUUGUCCAGAAAGUUGGAUGCCUGUUCAGCUUACAUCAGCAAGAACAAGAGCUGAAGCUCAUUUUGCCUUUCCAGUGCUUUCUUUCUUUCUUUUUUAUUGUUAUUGUCUUUUCACGUAUUGUGUUAAAAUUUCAGCAGUAUAGUUUUUCCAAGACUGCAGUGCUUGGAGGGCCAUGGUGAUCAAGGAGACUGAUUCAGCAUGUGGACAAAAUAUCUCUGAUGCUGAGGCUUUAGUUCAUAACCAAAUGAAAGCACAAGCAUGUUAAGACCAAGAAUUUAAAGUACACUUUAGAAUGGGUGUAUAUUUCGCAUGGUUCAAAAUUACCUUUGUAUAAAAUACUUUAUUUGAAAUGUAACUAAAAGAUUUUAGAAGAAAGCAACUGAUUUAGUUAAAAUUUCUCUGUCUUGUACUGAAAGGCUUACAAUUUCAGGGAGAGGUUCUUAGUACAUCCCUGAAGCAACUUAGCCAUUUCAGGGCAUUCUCUAAGUGUAGCAGAUGGGUUUAUUUGCAUUUCUUAAAUCAACAUUUCAGGUUAUUCUUCAGUGGAGUUGUGUGGAAUAAUUACAACCAGUCACAAUUUCACCUGGAGCAGCAGUCAGAGCGAUCUGAGGAACUCAGAUAUUCUCAUGUGAGAGUCAAGCGAAAAGCAACUUACAUAUUAGCCAGCUGAAGCAAUGCUACAUUAAAAUCACACACCAGUUCAGAUGGAUAUAAUACUUAGAUAUUCUUCAGUUUUGUUUCUUCCGUUUUGUUGGACACUGAUUAUCCAGUUAGCCUCAAAUCUGCCAACCCAGACCUCAACAACCAAUAUGGCUGCCAUGUGUUUCACACAUGGCGAUUGUUGCCGUGGUAAAAAGUCAAUUUGCUCUUUUUCUCUCUUGUAAUUUGUUCUCAGUAAGUCACUUGCCAAUCUUAGCGCUGUACAUAUUCUGCUGUUGAACGCUUUGCUGUAGUGUUUGUCAUUGCUUGUAUUGCUAAUAGUAGUUAGCUUCAGGUAGGAAUUAUUAUUGUAAAGCAUUAAAAAUAUCUUUGUAAUAUGUUGUAUGUGUGCAGUAUUAGAACUAUUGCUAUUUAUGCCUGAUCUUACAAACUCCUCUGGCUGCUGUCUAGUGCAGGGAAGUUACUGACUGCUGCUAGCUACUCCACGGUGCCCCACACAAAAACAAGUAAACAAACUUCACAACUAAGACAGCUUUUUUUUACUGCCUGUUUUGAACUUUUGCGAAAAACCCCCGCAUUUCAAAUGUUCAGUGCUUAAAUUGACAUUUAUGUAAUAUAAAAUGUAAACUAGAUUUCAGAUUUUAUAAAGACGGAAACAAAUUGAUUUUCUAGGAUUGAAAAUAAUCAAAGUAGGAGUUUUUUUUGGUUGAUUAUUCGCUUGGAUGCAGAUAUAAUUAUGUUUUGUUUCUAGUGAAGGUGUGAUGAGAGAAACAACACUGAGAAGUGGCUUUAAGUUGUAUUUGUGCUGCUGCUGUUUGCCAAACGUCUGGAGUUUGGAAGCGAAAGGCGGAGGAGUGCCUCUGAUCCCAUAUGUGGGUAAUGUGGAGAACAGGGCAGUUUAAGUGUACUUGGUGUCUGUGAUGGCAGGCAGGGUGAAAGGUCGCCGCGAGGCCCGAACAGGACACAAAAGGGAUGAAGGCUGCUGGUACAGUCAUCAGAGAUGUUCAGCAUGUCACUGGAUUUGCACAGAAAGGAUGAAUUCAAGAGUAACUGAAUGUCAUGGGAAGUGCUUCGGUAUGAGUUGGUGCAAUGAUUGUAUAAUAGAUGAUAUUACAGGACGACAACUCUUCUUAAAGGGACAGGAUGACGAGAGGUUUGGAUGCUAUAUGUGAUCUAAAUCCGAUUUUAGGGACUUUGUGUAUAAAUGAUUGCUUGUUAAGGAUCAGAAGUCAUUCAUAUGGUGUAACACCAAACCAAGAAAGCUGAUUUGCUUUUGAAAAUGUGAACAAAAACAAAAUUCAGAAAAGAAUCGAAAUCAUUAAAA